CACAGAGCCCGACUCGGGGCUCGAGCUCAUGAAUCGUGAGAUCACGGCCUGAGCCGAAACCAAGAGUCGGAUGUUUAACUGACUGAGCCACCCAGGCGCCCCAGAAAGUCCAGGGUUAUUGAGAGGAGCAGGCCCAGUGAGGCCCCGAGGAAGCAGAAGGGUGGCCAGGGUGGAGCUUUGUGGGGACGCAAAGGGGAACUGACGGCCAGCAGGCCGUCCCCUCCCGUGAACCAGAGAGGAAGGAGGAACGCUGACCAGGAGGCCCGGAUGGAGAGGCGGCCUCCGUGGUGUCGGGCCCCGCCAGACCCGCUCUCGGGCCCCCAGCUCCUGGGUUUGCUCCUGUUUCCCUGGACCCUGCAGCUCGCAGGAGGACAGUUGGUGACCCACAUCGGCGCCCCCAUCGUGGUCUCUCUGGCCAACGAGGCCAUCUCCUUUGGCUGCAAAAUCUCCUACCCGCACAGCCCCGAACUGAAGGACUUCACAGCCUGGUACUUUCACGUGGACCUUCAGAGUCAGAGGAGCUCCGAGAAGCAGAUCAACUGCUCAGCCCACCCGGUCCAAGAGAGCCAGAUGCACAGCCUGAAAUGCUGGGUCACGCCCCAGCUGCCCAACGCGUCAGCCACCGGUACCUACUACUGCUCCGUGCACUGGCCAAACUUGAUAAGAAUCAGCAAAGGAAUCUUCAUCCUGGUCCGAGACACAGGGUACCGAGAGCCCCCACAGGGCGCCCAGAAGCUUCUGCUCUUUUGCUUCACGGGCCUCCUGACCCUGCUGAGCAUCUUGGUCACGGCUCUGCUCCUCUGGAAGAAGGGACAGAUGCGGGCUCCCCCGAAGCGCCUGGACCCCGGCACCGCCCACGGCCAGGAGCAGCCUGCGGCCGAAUCCAUCUACACAUCUCUACAGGGCAGAGACACUGAAAUCUACUCCUGCAUCCAGACCGUGCCCAGCAGCCUGCCCCCCAACCCAGAGCCUUGUCUCCCAGGAGAAAAUGCACAGAUUUACGAAUGACAGCGAAUUUAACCUGGUCUAUGAAAAUCUCUAGGAUGAGCUCCACGGGCCCUUCGGUCUCGCCCUGGAUCAGAUGCCCCACAGCAGCAUCUCCUUCCACAGGACCUGUCCUAUCCCAGGAGUGAGGCCCCAGGGGCGUCCCAUCACCUCGCCCCCACAUUCAAGGCACUUCCGGCCUUGGCCUGCCCCCUACCCCCUCCUUCUGUGUCCCAGCCAGACCCACCGGUCACAGCGUUUCACAUCUGACCCUUGCCCAGACUGUCCCUUCUGCCGGGGGGGGCCCUUCUUCAGUCCUCACAGGCUCUCCUCGACACAGCCCCUCCCCAAGCCCUCCGCACCCUUUCAUGGGCUCUCUGGGCGCCAGCCUGCACCACGGCCUGAGCCGGCGAGGCCAACCGUGAGCUCCUCGGGGAGGUUCCCAGCAAAGGACCCUUGUCGGUGCCGUGAGCGC